UUGCGUGUAAACCAACAAGGGGUUCAGCUCCAUUCCGAUGGUUGAAAUGCUCCGACGUGCGUGCGCGUGGCUUGGUAUCCAGAGUGUGUUCAACUUCUUUCGAAACCGGACCUAGCAGCCAGCCGUGGUCAUCGGUUGUGCUGUAGCCGGGUGGAGGUGCGGGUGGGGCGGGGCUCGGUUUCGUGCCAGGGAGGCGGCACCCGCGAUAUUUGGCGCAGAGUCGCGCGCGUCUCUUCUCACUCGCACACACGAAGACGUCUCGCGUCUCAAGCUGCCGACCUCAUGGCGACCUCCUCCUCAUCCUCCACCUCCUCCUCCUCCACCGCAGCCUUCGCGGAGCCGCUGCCUCUGAUCGUGACGGACGGGGAGGGCCGAUUCGUGCUGGUGCCCGAGACGGCAGCGGCGCUGUCGCGCGUCGUCACAGGGCCCGUGGUGGUGGUGGCCGUGGUCGGGAGGUACCGCACGGGGAAAUCCUUCCUCAUGAACCGCCUCGCGGGGAGCAACUCCGGCUUUUCCCUGGGCUGCACGGUGCAGUCUCACACCAAGGGCAUCUGGGUCUGGCCCAGACCCCAUCCACUGGACCAGGACAAGUGGCUGCUGCUGCUCGACACCGAGGGCCUGGGAGACGUAGAGUCGGCCGGAAGCACGCACGACACGUGGCUCUUCGUGAUGGCCGUGCUGCUGAGCACCACGCUGGUCUACAACGUCGUGGGCACGCUCGACAAGGGAGGCCUCGAGCAGCUGCACUUCGUGCUGAACAUGACGGACCACGUGAGGACGCGUGUGAACCAGGACGAGGACGAGCUCGGCUCGGACUUCGAGCGCUACUUCCCCCCGCUGGUGAUCUGCGUGCGCGACUUCACGCUGAAGCUGCUCGUCGACGGAGAGCCGUGCUCGGCCGACGAGUACAUGGAGCACUGCCUGCAGAUGCGCAAGAAGGGGAAGACGCCGGACUGCCGACGGUUCAACGAGCAGAGGCAGCUCCUGUGCGAUUACUUCAAGGAUCGGAAGUGCUUCGUGUUUCCAACGCCGACGCGCCGGGAGAACUUGGAGUUCAUCGAGAGCCUCCCGGACGGGAGCCUCGACCCGGAGUUCCUGGCGACGGCGGAGAAGUUCACGAGCCACGUGCUGGGACGAGCCGCCAGCAAGCACAUCGAGGGCGCCAUCCUCACCGGCCAAUCCUUCGUGCAGCUGGUGGGGCAGUACGUGACGGCGCAGCGUGACGGCGCCGUGCCCUGCAUCGAGAGCGCCCUGGAGCAGGUGACCAGGCUCACCAACCUACAGGCCAAGGAGGAGGCGCUGGCCCUCUACCGCGAGAGGACGGCCGUCGCCGUGACGGCGGACGAGCGGACGCCGCUCCCCACAGCGGAGGAGCUCGUCGGCCUGCACCAGCGUGGAGCGCGCGACGCCGUGGAUUUGUUCCACGAGCGCUCGCUGCUCGACAGGGAGCGCGAGCACGAGGAGGAGCUCAUGGACACCCUGGCCAAAGAGUACCUGAAGUUGGUGAAAGAGAACAAGGAGGCCUCGGCGCUGCGGUGUGACCGGCGCCUGCGCGAGCUGUACGAGCCGAUCCCAGUGAAGCUGCACAAGGGGGAGGACGAGGACUUCGUAAAGCCCGGGGUUUUCCUGGAGUACGAGGGCCUCAUGGAGAAGCUGAGGGAUGCCUACCGCGCCACGCAAGGCCUGGGAGACGAGAAGGAAAACCAGCUCGCGGUCUUCAUGAAGGGCAGGGAGGAAGAGAGGCAUAACCUGUUGCUGCUGGACAAGACCGUCACGCAGAGGGAGAGGGAGCGGUUCGAAACUGAAGCCAUGGAGCUAAAGAUGGAGCUCGAGAAGCAAGUACUUGAGGCGGAAAAUGUUCAGCAGCGAGCGCACAUGCAAGCCUUCGAGGAGCAGAUGAAGGCCAAUGAAAGGGCUCACGAAGAGAAGUUGAGACACAUCGAGCUGAUGACAGCGGUGAAGGCGAGCGCUCCCACGAGCAAACCCGACAAUCCGUUCAAGCAAUUCGCCAAAGCUGUGCAGCCCAUGCUCAAGGAAAUCUUCGACUUUGUUCACCUGCGUAGCGCUCUGAAGAAAUAGGUGCACAUGGGGGGCGUCCCCUCGAUACACGGAGCAGAAAGGUUCCAGCGACGUUGCCCGUUUUAAAAAAGGAAUAAAAAGGAGAGAAAGUCCGCAAAUCCCAACUCCGAUUUUUCAGCGUCGACUCUCGCCGUUGUAUAAUUGGCAGUGCGUUCCUACGGGAAAGCAGUCCCACCCCAAGGCCUACCAAAGUACCAAUGAAGCCACACUUUAAAGUGCGGCAACGGUUUGUUUUUUUUGUAAAGCAAGAUAUAACAGGACGUCGAUCAAUUCACGGUGAAAUUGUACUCAAAAUAAGUCGCGAAAUAAAAACGAAUGUACGCGCCGGUCCAGAUGUCCUGUGACGCACAUUCAUUCUCUAAAACAGAAAUGAAUGUGCAAAGUAAAUAGUGUUUUAGGGUUGAAUUCAUUGGUGGGUCACGAGACAUCUGGACUACCCUGUGCAGUGCUUAAGCACGAACUGUGGUGAUAUGAAACGCGAGGAUUCCCCCCCCUCCUCCCUCCCCACCAAAAAAAAAACACAUUACGAUUUAGAGACAUUCACAAUUCCGUCACUGCGAAUGCAACGUCGCGUAUAUCGAAUCUGCGCCCUCGCGUGUAAUUAACACUGCAGCGAAAUUCCGUGCAUGGAAUUGCCGUGUAACGAGGGGAUUCUGCCUGCACGCCUUGAACGGCCGUCGUGCACUUUGAUGGGGAUUGUGGUGACGCACCUUUGCCUGUUCUCUCACCGGCGAUAUACAAUAAGCCUUUACACUCUUGUCUCAGUUUAACACGUCGCAGGCUUUCGCGACCAAUAUGACUCAUAAUGAAGGUUCUUGGUGGGGUUAGAUCGUUGUAAGUAUAAAUGUGUCGAAACCCUCCACCACCCGACACGGCCAAUCAGUAAGGUAGUUGUCACGUAAACAAAACGCCAAUUGGUUUACCACUUCAGCCCACGGGCGUGUUGGAGAGUAAAUCCACAACAUUUACAAUCUGAGUAAUUCGACGUUUCGCAGGUAAUUAUAUCAAUCAGCAUCAUCGGGCGGUUUGCCAGAACAGUGAAGCAAACCAUCUGCGUCCGGUCUUAAAUAGAGCAAAUGCUUAGUUUAUAUUUUAAGGGCUGUAAAACAUGUGGGUAAACAUAGUGUGCAAUAUAGUACGGUACUCGGGAGUAUACAAUGUAACAUUACUCUUUGGUUCUAUUCGGUAAAGUCACGUAGGUAAAAAAAUAAAACAACAAAAAAUCACGACGUUUCGGCCACAACACAAGCGGCCUUCAUCAGGUGAAGGGACCAG